ACAGCCUUUAUGAACUGGACAGUGGCCACGGAGAGUCAUGUCGAUUCAUCAUUUUUCUGGGGCUAUUUGAUAACCCAGAUACCGGGUGGUUUUAUCGCAUCGAAAUUCCCGGCAAAUAAAAUAUUCGGCUUGUCAAUUGCCAGCUCGGCCACGUUGCAUUUAUUUGUGCCAUUCGCCAUGACUUUGAUGCACGGACAUGUGGUGAUAUGUGUGCGUAUCCUGCAAGGCUUAUUUGAGGGUGUUACCUAUCCUGCCUGCCAUGGUAUUUGGCGUUUUUGGGCUCCUCCCAUGGAACGUUCUCGUUUAGCCACACUGGCUUUCAGUGGUUCCUAUGCUGGUGUGGUCGUGGGAUUGCCAUUAUCCGGCCUACUAGCGGAUACGCUGGGAUAUCAAGCACCAUUCUAUGCCUAUGGUGUGUUCGGAAUAAUAUGGUACAUGUUCUGGCUCUGGCUAUGUUUUGAAAAUCCCCGCAAACAUCCUGCCAUUAGUAUACCCGAAUUGAAAUAUAUUGAAAAAUCGCUGGGUGAAACGUCGGCCCAUCCAACUAUGCCGAAUCUGAGGACAACACCAUGGCGUGAAAUGAUGCGAUCGAUGCCGGUCUAUGCCAUCAUUGUGGCGAACUUCUGCCGUUCGUGGAAUUUCUAUUUGCUGGUGCUCUUUCAGUCUUCCUUCCUUAAGCAUAAAUUCCAUUUUAAAAUUGAGGAGGCCGGAUUUGUGGGGUCGCUGCCCCAUUUGAUUAUGACCACGAUUGUACCGUUUGGUGGUAUGCUGGCAGAUCAUUUGCGUAAAAAUGGCAUUAUGUCGACGACAAAUGUGCGAAAGCUUUUCAAUUGUGGUGGUUUCGGUAUGGAGGGUAUAUUUUUCUUGUUUGUGGCCCAUUCGGAUACGGCGACUGGUGCCAUGUUUGCCUUGACCUGUGGUGUGGCCUUUUCGGGCUUUGCCAUAUCCGGCUAUAAUGUCAAUCACUUGGAUAUUGCCCCCCGUUAUGCCAGUAUUUUGAUGGGUCUCUCAAAUGGUAUUGGCACAUUGGCGGGUAUUAUUGUACCCUAUGCUUUGGAUGGUCUAAUACAAAGGAAUGUAAGUGAUGGAAGGCUGUUUUUUUUUCUUCGAAAAAUAAAACUUAUUUUAUUUUUGUAGCCUGAAGGUUGUUGGACCACUGUCUUUACCCUGGCCGCCUGUGUUCAUUUAGUUGGCUGUACAUUCUAUGCCAUUUUUGCCUCUGGCGAAUUACAACCCUGGGCCGAGCCACCACCUGAAGAGGAACAGAAAGUGUGGGCCCCUCCCAUGGGUGCAAUUACCGAAGAUCCUAAUCAGCCGGGUGCUGCGGGUUAUAUGAAGGAAACCUCAUUUGUAACCCCACCACCAUACACGGAACAAAGUCAAAUGCAACAAUCGAAUACCGUUAAUUAUGGGGCGACAGGACACGUGGCCAAUAAUCCAUUUGCCAUGGCUGGUGCCACCAUUGCCGAAGAAAGCAUGCAACCUGAUGUCGCCACCGGGGGUAUGGCAACGGGUUCAUAUGCCUCGUACGAUUACACUGCUGGUCAAAGUACAGCCACAGCUCCGGCAGCAGGGACAUUGGGACAAUUACCACAAAUGCCAUCAUAUGAACAACAAUAUCCUCAAUAUCAGACACAAUAA